AAAAAUCACAGAAGCUACCAGACGGGAUAACCGAUGCGACACUCCUCCUGAAUUAUACUCUCAUUUCAUUUUACUCGUUUCCUCAAUCCAAUGAUGCUAAACAACAUCGUUACUCAACCCUUUCGCUCUCUAUUCCCACUUUCCUCAUCUUUCCUUUUUCUCUCCACAUGGGGUUCUUCGAUUCUCUUCUCAGUUGGCUCCGAAGCUUAUUCUUUAAGCAGGAGAUGGAACUUUCCCUUGUUGGCCUUCAAAAUGCAGGAAAGACGUCUCUAGUUAAUUCAAUUGCUACAGGAGGCUAUAGUGAGGACAUGAUUCCAACUGUUGGAUUUAAUAUGCGAAAAGUUACGAAGGGUAAUGUCACAAUAAAGCUAUGGGAUCUUGGAGGACAACGAAGGUUCCGUACAAUGUGGGAGCGUUAUUGUCGUGGGGUCUCUGCAAUUCUAUAUGUGGUUGAUGCCGCAGACAGAGAUAGUGUUCCCAUAUCUCGUAGUGAGUUGUUUGACCUAUUGAUGAAACCUUCAUUAAGUGGAAUCCCUUUACUUGUUCUUGGCAACAAAAUCGACAAAUCAGAAGCCCUUUCCAAGCAAGCUUUAGUGGAUCAGCUAGGCCUUGCAUCAAUAACGGAUAGAGAGGUGUGUUGCUACAUGAUCUCAUGCAAAGAUUCGGUAAACAUAGAUGUUGUGAUUGAUUGGCUUAUCAAGCAUUCAAAAGCUGCCAAAUGAAACAUGGUUUGAUGUUUAUACCAACUUGUAUCUUCUUGAAGAAUGAUGAAGGUGAAAGCACAAAGCUUGAGACAACCAGUUAUGAAAACCGUCCAGGUGGAAUGUCACCUCCUAUUUGGUUUCAGUUGUGCUCCAAAUGAGUGUUUGUGCAGCGCUGAAAUAUUCGAACAAAAUCUUUUGUGCGUUUUAUUUCUUUAAUUUCUUCUUUGUUGUGUGAAUAAUCAAAAUAGAAAGAGCCUGGUCAACCUGAUUAACUGUACUUUUUCUUUAAAUCUGCAAUUUGUAUAGUACAUAUUAACUGUAUAAGCUACCACUGGCACACCUGAGCAUGUCAGAAACUUACACCAAGCAUUGUGUAAGAUUGAUAUUAGAAGGAGCGCAUUUCCUGAAUGUUAAGCAAGCUAAAAUUUUCUGUUGAA